AUGACAAGACUGAACAAUUGUGCCCUGCAGAAGAUCCCGUUGUCAAUCUAUGAAUCUAAUGGAAACGAUCAGCUAACUGAAUGCCCUAUUUGCCUUUUUGAGUUCACUGAUGGAGAGAAGGUCCGAGUGCUACCAAGUUGUAACCAUAGCUUUCACGUUCAAUGCAUUGACAUGUGGCUUUCCUCUCACUCAUCAUGCCCGAUUUGCCGUCAUUCGCUCCUUGAUAGGUCUGAGGUCCCUACCUGCAUUCUUGUUGGGGAACAAAUGUCAGAGGUGGAUGGCAGCCCAUUCGUGGCGGCAGAGGUGGAUGAGGUUUAA